AUGACAGCUGAUGUAGAUAGGACUGAUAGAAUGGGGGACAUAUAUAUGCCGUCAGAUGCAAACAUUAUACCGCAGAAUCUGUCGAAUGACUCACUUUCGCAAAGUGAGGAUGGUUCCCCUGUACUCGAUCAAUCGCUGGAUUAUGCACUCUCCGCAUACAGAUUCCGUCGAGUUGCGUCGAAAACGAUUGUGUCAUUCCAUUCCAAAGAUCCCGAAAAUCCAGUCAAUUGGAGUAAAAAUAAAAAGCGAUUCAUCUUUACCGCAGGGAUCGUAACUGUCCUGAAUAGUACUCUCUGUGCCUCCUUACCCAGCGGUGCGAUGCCAUUUAUUGCCAAAGAGUUCAACAUAACAAGCAAGGAGCAGUUGGUCCUCCCUAUAUCCUUGUUUCUUGUUGGCUAUGUUUUUGGCCCGAUCUUCUGUGGCCCUAUGUCGGAAUCAUAUGGGAGGAAAGCCAUGAUGAUAAUCCCAUUCUUUAUUUUCAUGGUCUUCACAAUGGGCUGUGCACUCUGCCGAAAUUGGGAAUCUCUGUUAGUCUUCAGAUUGAUUCUGGGUGUCGCGGCAGCUGCUCCAAUUGCUAUUGUAGGCGGCCUAUUUGCCGAUAUCCACAGCGAUCCAAGGGAGCGAGGUCAAGUCAUGGCAUACUUUAUGGCUGUGACUACCGUUGGUCCACUUAUCAGCCCCUGGCUGUCGGGUUUUACCGCACCAAUAAGUUGGAGAUGGCCAUUUUGGAUAUCACUUAUGUUUGCAGCCCUUUCCGCUCCACUGUGCUUUUUCAUGCCUGAGACGUACGCCCCUGUUCUCUUGCAGCGGAGAGCUCGAGCUUUACGCAAGAGCACAGGCAACGGCAAUAUUGUCGCCCCCUUUGAUAUCCAAAAGCGAGGGCUAAGAGUGGUACUCACUGUCACCCUAACGCGUCCGCUUCGUAUGUUCUUUCAAGAGUCAAUCGUGCUUUUUACUUGCUUAUAUUUGGCAAUUGUCUAUGCUAUAUUUUUCAUCUACUUUCAAGCGUAUCCAAUUAUUUUUCAAGGUAUAUAUGGCAUGAAUACUGGUUUCAGCGGCCUAAUGUAUCUACCCAUCGCCAUUGGUGCAUUUUUCUCUUGUGCGGUAUUUAACUGGUGGGAUUCCUAUCUCCACAAGGCCAAGGCCAGGGGUGCAACUUGGGCCGAUAUUGAAGAAUAUAGACGCCUCCCGCUUGCUUGUAUCGGAGGGCCACUAUAUGUUAUUGCGCUAUUCUGGCUAGGCUGGACUUCCUCGCCAAACAUUCACUGGGCAGUUCCCAUGCUAUCCGGUAUACCAUUUGGGUCAGGCUACUUGCUUAUUUUCAUGGCAAUGCUUAACUACCUAUCCGAUGCGUAUGAGACAUUCUCAUCUAGCGCCCAGUCUGCAGCUAGCUGCUGCCGGAGCACUUUUGCCGUUCUCCUCCCCAUUUCCACCACCCCGAUGUUUAGUCGCCUGGGGGUAAGUUGGUCAUGCAGCAUGCUGGGAUUCUUCAGUCUGGCCAUGUCGCUUAUCCCGUUCGCAUUCAUCCGGUAUGGUGAGCAUAUUAGACGGAAUAGCAAAUUCUGCCAAUACCUCCGCGAGCAGAAGGAGGCGGAUCGGAUAGCCGAGGAGGAGGAGGACAGGAUGCAUCAUCUGAGGGCUGAAACCGGAAGGGAUGUUGAAAAAGGCCGGGUCACCAGUGCUCCCAUACCAUGA